UUUGGUACUUAUACAUUUUGGAUGAUAGCAAAAUUAUGAAAAAACUUAAACAAUGUGUUCACAGGGCAAUUUUUCAAUUUAUAAUUUAAGAUGAUUAAUAAUUGACCUUUUAUGAGUUGAAACUUUGUUAAAAGAAAUGAUUGAAAAAGUAAUAUUCAUUUUUUUGUUGAAUAAUUUGGCAGAAUGUUCAGAUUUAAAAUUAAUUUCCACCUCUCGAACAAGUGUUCUAUCAAAAUAUGAAUCCUACACAGAUGCUAUUAUUUUGGCUAUAAAUAUUCCCAAGGAGAUUUCCCAUGUUGUUAUCAAUUUAACUGCUGAGGAGCUGGAUAUGUCCAUUUUUGGAAGUUGCUCAGCAAGAAAUGUAGAUGUAUACAUGAAAUAUGAGGCUCCCCCUUUGUUAAACCCAGACAAUUCUAAAAUACCAAAAGGUUUAAAGAAUAUAUCAAGGAACGAAAUUUACCAUAUUCAAUUAAAGAGUGAUAAUAAGCCUUACUAUAUAAACAUAACAUCACCUUUACCUGGGCAGUAUAUAGCAGCCACAUUUCUUGAAUAUACUGAUCCUAGGUAUGAUCCUAUUAAACAACAGGGUUUGGGUUCUGAUUGUCUGUGUUACUUAGAGUCAAAAGUAUACAUUAAAAAAGUAAAAGAUAUUGAAACAAUCACAGAUGAGGAAGAAUAUGUUAUGGCAGGUUCCAAUAAUAAACCAAAAUACUUUAAAUUCUUUGUGCCAAAAGACAUAGACCAUGCUAUAGUGAUAAUAAGAGAAAUAAUAUUUUCCCCAAACACUGACCAACUCAUCACAAGAGUUAACUCAUUGACUGUACCAAGUAAAAAUAAAACUUUGGCAAUGUUAGAUCUGGAUAAAAACAACAAAACUGGAGAGCUGGCCUUUCCAGUGAUGGAAGAUUCUUGGCACUACUUGCAAUUUAUUUUCAACAACACCAACGACAAUAAUAAAACGAAGUCUGAAGAUUUGUCCACACUGUCAUUUAAAGUGAGAUACUUUUCCAGCAUCCAAAAAACCAAGACGGAGGUUUUAAUCAAAACCUUACCCAACAGAACCGAACAAAUCAUUUACUACAACAACACUUUAUUCAAGCAACUGAACAAUAGACAUAAACUUACCGAAUUAAUUAGCUUUAAGGAAUACAGUUUGCUGAGAGAUUCCAGUUCUGACAGUUUCGUUUUUUCCUAUGUUCUCGAAGACGAACUGGAUUCCGUGCUACCUAUAGCUAUAAAUGUAACCAGUGAUCAAUUGACAGUAUUAAAGUUUAGGAUUCACCAGAGAGAUGUGGGUGGAACUUUACAGUUUAUUAUGGCUUUCAAGCCCAGAGUGGUGAACAAAAAAUUGGUGGAUGAGCCAGAAAACCAUGUGAUAAUAGCUUGUAUUAGACCGUACGGCAUAGAAACCCCCUACCUCCCCAACAAGUGCACUUUCAACGGGAUAUCCGCGGAAUCGCCCCUAAAAUUGAACAAAACGGCGGACAACUCGUCGGUUCUGAUACCUUACCCGGAAAGCGGCGUGUGGUACGCCUCGUUUCGGUUGUUUUGCGACGCAUGCGCGCCUUGCGAGUGCCCCGACUACUGCCAAACGGCCUUCGCGAGCUGCGUGGUGGAAUGCCAGAAGAGCUGCGCAAAGGCCGUUUGCAACGGCUGCGAGAACCGGUGCUCGAAGAGCGUUAUCGAGCAGGAGGGGUGCAAAAUUUGCGGCCAGUGCGACGGGCCGUGCGUGAAGAGCAGGAAAAGUUGCAAUUCCAGCGUUGUCUUCGAUAUCAGCAGUAGUCCGUGCGUGGAGGGCUCGUGCGGAAGAAACGGGAAGUGCAUCUACUCGAUAUCAGAUGGCGUGGCGUAUUCGAGUUGUUUGUGCGGAAAUAAGUUUAGAGGGUGGGAUUGCAAAGAUGACUCUCUGACAACUCCAUACGUCAUGGUAGUCCUGGAGCUACUUCUACUGGUCCUCAGCAACCUGGCUUUCCUCCCCGCCGUUUACAUAGCCUUCGCGAGAAAAUACUACGCCGAAGCGAUCUCCUACUUCUCCAUAUGUUUUUUCUCGACGUUUUACCACGCGUGCGACGCGGGCGAAAACCAAAUCAGCUUCUGCCUGACCCGAAUAAACGCGCUGCAGUUUUCCGACUUUUUCUGCGCGCUGUUGGCCAUCUGGAUGACCCUGAUCGCAAUGGCGGAUCUACCUUUGGGCUACACCAGCCUAGCUCACGUGAUUGGUGGCAUUUUACUCGCGUUUUUCACCACCGUCAAUAAAACGUCGAUGUGGGUGUUCCUCGUACCUGUUAUAUCCGGCAUUUGCAUAAUUAUGGGGAGUUGGUAUUUAAAGUACCACAAACAUAGAAAAUUGAUAUGCAAAAAAAAAUACCUGACCGUGUUUUUGCCGGUUGGCGCUGCUCUAGCGAUACUUGGAUUGCUCAUUUACGGACUUUUGCAAACCACGGAAAAUUAUAAAUAUUUGCACAGUAUGUGGCAUGUGAUUAUGGCUGUCGUUGUUAUAGUAUUGUUACCUAAACCUGACACAUUCCAACCAAAUAAUAUUUUAGCCAGUUGUUAACCUUAUACUAGAACUC